CCUCUCCUUCUCCCACCCACCAAUCGCGCAGUCAUGUGCUCGGCGUUGGUGUGAGUGAUGUAUGCGGUGGGGCGGCGCGCGCUGUACGUUACGGAAUGAGGAGCAUCAGCUGACUGACAGAAGGGGGACAGCCGCGCAGCUGUACACAUCGAAAAUUAUUGCGUUAGUCGUGGCGCCAACUCCAGUGUUUUGUUUUGUUAAAACUCUCUCCAACUGAAUUACAAUUCUGUAAUUAUACCAUGGACUUUCUUCAAGAGUCUGUUAAUUGAGUUGUUCGGAAAGUGUUUGGAAAAUUGUGUAACAGUGAGUUAGUGAGUUUAUUUCCCUGGAUUUUGGAGUAUAGGACGUCUCUCGAACUGGAAACUGUAUCAAUGUAUCGACAGGUGUGAGUGAAGCAGUGACGGAGCUCGGACGUUAUAAAUUUUGCUUUUGCAAAAGACGUGAUAAUGGGUAAACUCCUGAGCCUUUUGGCUCGCGAUGAGUCGACCUGCUGCACACCCCAGAAAUACGACGUCUUCCUCGACUUUGAAAAUGCUCAACCCUCUGACAAUGAGCGAGAAACUUUCGAGGCAGUGCAGAGAGUUUUGAAAAAUUCCGAGUCUAUACUCGAGGAGAUACAGUGCUACAAAGGAGCUGGCAAGGAAAUUCGCGAAGCUAUAUCAGCACCGACUGAAGAAUGCCAGCGUAAAGCGUACCUGACUGUUGCACCUCUGGUUGCCAAGCUCAAGAGAUUCUAUGAAUUUUCUUUGGAACUAGAAAUUGUGGUGCCCAAAAUUCUUGGUCAACUGUGUUCCGGUAAUCUCUCACCCACACAACAUCUGGAAACUCAACAGGCCCUUGUAAAGCAACUGGCUGAGAUUCUCGAAUUUGUUCUAAAAUUCGACGAACACAAGAUGAAAACCCCAGCGAUACAGAAUGAUUUUAGUUACUAUCGGAGAACAUUGACAAGAGCAUCACUGGUGCAACAAGACAAUACAGAGAGUGACCUGGUGGUUGGUAACGAACUUGCCAAUCGAAUGUCCUUAUUCUACGCCAACGCCACACCCAUGCUACGAGUGCUGAGUCACGCUACCAUAACAUUUUUGAUGGAGAGGCAGGAUAUUCCGAGGGAGAAUAUCACAGAGACUAUUGGGACAAUGGCGAAAGUAUGCCUGAGGAUGUUGGAGAAUCCAAAUCUCUUGGCACAAUUUCAACGAGAGGAGACACAGCUAUUCGUCCUUCGUGUGAUGGUGGGCUUAGUGAUACUUUACGAUCACGUACAUCCACAGGGAGCUUUUGUCAAGGGUUCAAAUGUUGAUGUGAAGGGAUGCGUUAAGCUUUUGAAGGAUCAACCGCCCUGCAGAAGUGAGGGCUUAUUAAAUGCCCUUCGUUACACAACAAAACACUUGAAUGAAGAGAACACACCGAAAAAUAUCAAGAAUCUUCUAGCAGCAUGAUUACCAAAGCAACGAGGCUGUUGCAUUAGAAGUUGAAGCAGUUCAGGUCGUAUCGAUAAUUUAAUAAUAAUCCUCCCAAUUUUAAAUUAAAAAUGGGAGUAAAUGCUGCCGAGCUGAUGAUAACUGCCACUUUGAUACUUGAAUUCACUGAUGAAGACAAGAAAAAUUUGGAAAAAAGAAGGCAGAAAAAACGUGAUUAUUUGAGGAAAAAAUUGUAUGCUUCUCAGGCAUUAUCACAAUGCCAAUUUUUAUCUCUAAACUAUUAUUAAUUACUGCUUAGUUUUUAAAUAAUUGUAUUAAUUAAUUUAAUGGUAAGUCAGAAUGCUUCAUUACACACGAUGGGUCAUAAUCGUUCUGUCAAUUCCAUAGCUCUUCCUGUAUAGUGUAAUGAAUCAUUUAUUCAUCGGGUCAUGAUAGCAUAUCACAUACACUAGAUUUAUCUAGUGAUGGAGAUAUAUUUCUUCAUUCGAAAGAGAUUAUUUAAUCUAUGUUGGCGGAUUCGCAUUUUGUUCUUCGGUUAGGAAAUCUGUUGUUAGCUGUGGGUAAGAUUAUAAUUGGAGGAAGAUAAUUCGGUGAAAAUAUUAGAGAAUAAGGGGGGAAUAAUUUUGUGUUCGAAUACUGCCAGUUUAAUGUGAAUCAGAAUUUGUCAGCAAAAUUGGGCCAAAAUUAUGGUAACAAUUAAUGGUUAAACAUAGAAAGUAUAUUAUCGGAUCUACGAAUGUGUGAAACAAAAUUAUUUCGUGAUCGUAUCACCAUUUGGACCUUGAAAUUUGAAUCAAUUACUGUACACAAAUAGGGAAGUAUUAUUGACGAGAACCAAAGAUAAAUGUAUAUUGUACAUUAUGUAGAAUGGUAAUUGACGAAAUUUCCUAGGAUUAAUAUUCAGAAAAAAUUGAGAUUAUAAAUGAAAAAUUGAUUGGUAUCAACAUGUUAUCGAUAUGAAUAAGCAUAGAUACUAUUAUUGUCAUAUGCACAUGAAAUGUGGCCAUUGCAGGCUGAAUGUCAAAGUGAAAGAAAAACCGUUGGUACAACAUGUUAAUGCAACAAGGGAAUUGUGCAACCUCGGUUGAGCACCUGUCAAUCAGCAUAAAAGACUGGAAUUACUGUCAGAAUUGUUUACGUACCUCUUCUGACUGUCGUUUGAAGGAAAAAAAUGAUGGAGUGAAGGUUUUAUAUUUUUUCUCGUGAGUUCAAUUAUUAUGGCUUCCGCCACUCAGCAUUUGUAAGCGCACAUUAUUCUCUGUAAUAUCGAAUUGUUUUAUGUUUCUUUUGGUACUGAAUGUAUAACGUAUUUCAUGAAAUAUGACUGAUGAUGCCCUUCUGCA